UUUUACCGCAACAACACAGAGAUACCCUCUUUCAGCUUAUAAAAGGGUGUGACAUACUGAAGCAUAGUUGCUAGUGCGAUCAACCCUUUUUUCUUCCUGGUUCUUAAGCCAAAAAAGAAAGAAGAAGAAGAGAUGACAAAGAUGGAGGGAGGACUAGGAGGGAGUCAACUCAAGAAAGGCUUGUGGACUGUGGAAGAGGACAAGCUCCUCAUGGACUAUGUAACAGAAAAUGGGAAAGGAAAGUGGAAUUCCAUAGCUAAGAGGACAGGAUUGAGAAGAUGUGGAAAGAGUUGCAGGUUGAGGUGGAUGAAUUACCUGAGCCCGAAUGUCAAGCAAGGUCGCUUUACUGAGGAAGAAGAUGACCUCAUUAUUAGACUCCAUAAUUUGUUGGGCAACAGGUGGUCUUUGAUUGCGAAACGGGUGCCCGGUCGAACAGAUAAUCAAGUGAAGAACUACUGGAACACUUGUUUGAGCAAAAAGCUGGGCAUCAAAAAGCAAAUUUGUGAAGUUGGGAGGACAAAAUCUAGGAUCUUGCAUAUUUCUGGGAGUUCAACACAUCGGAACUCUAUAUCAUCUUGUGCUGGCAACAGCGGGUCUUCGGAAUUGAAUGUGGACAACAAAAGUCUGAAAUCCCAGGAGACAUUGGACCUGCCGGAGUUGACGAGCAAAGAAGAGUAUUCCACCACCUCUUUCUGGGAUUUUGAAUCCGAUUUAGAGGUGAAUCUAAGCACGAUGGAGUUUUCUGGAUGGACAUUCUCUUCCUUGUAAUGAGCAUCAUCCAAGGGUAUUUUCUUACUAGUCUAUCUGUUGAAUUAGUAGCAGCGAGCUGGUGCAAUAACCAUAACAGAUGCUUGUUCUCCUGGCAAAAUGCUGAAGCUUGCAUCGAAGACUGAAAUCAUCAUGUCUAAGCGCAUAUUAUUUCUAA